UCCUAGUGCCUCUCUUACUUACAUUCAACUCUUCCCUCGUCAACCCACCUCCCACCACCGUUCCAAAAUGCGCAACCCCAUCUCCGGCCCCGGUGUCCUCUUCGUCCGUUCCCGCAUCUCGCCCACCUCCCACCCCACCCUCUCCGAAUCCACCUACCUCGCCUGGUACGACACCGAGCACAUCCCAGACGUCCUCUCCACCCGCGACAUCACCAGUGCCUUCCGCUACAUCGACGUCUCCAAAACAUCUCCUGUGGGUGACUCGCGGAACCAAACCCCGUUUUUGGCAUGCUAUCCCAUGCCUGACUUAGCUUUCACGCAAAGCGAAGAGUUUAGGGGGAUUAGUGUAAAGAGUGAGCAGUUGCCAGGCAGUGGGAUUGUGUAUGAUCUUGCGGAUUUCGAAAUUAGUUAUUUGGGGUUUUUGGGGGCGACGCGGAGGAAGGGAGAUGGGCGAGCGAAGUUUAUUGUUACGGCUGGGAUCAGACCGAAGGAGGAGCCUGGGGAGGAAAAGGUUAUGGAGUUCUUUGAGAAGCAAACGGCUGUGAUAUCGAAAACGCCACGUUACAUCCGUACGCUGCACUUCAAGUUGUUGUAUGCAAGGACGAAUGCUCAGUCUCGCGCUUUGAAGGGACUACCUACUACCGAUGAGCCGCAUCCUGAGCCGUCGACUUGGUUGGCUAUCCAUGAGUUUGCGCAGUUGCCUGAAGAUACGGUGCUAGAAAGUGUCCAUAGCAGUGUAGAGACGAUCUUGAAUGGAUCGGAAACUAGAGAAGAAUGGGGGAGGUCGGAGAGUGAAGUGCAUGUUUGGAAAUUGGAUAGUGUCCAGGGGGAAGGCAUCUUUUUUGAUGAUUAG